CUAAAUAAGAAAAACGGUUUUGUCAUGAAAUAUCCCCGAGGUUUGACUUUAUUUACCAAACACCCUCGUAGUUUUAGGUAUUCACCAUAUACUCUCGAGGUUCCAUUUUCUUGCAUGAUGUGACCCUGCCGUUAAGUGACCAUUAGAAACUUUCAUUUUUCACCAUAUGCCCCUGUAGUAUCUAAAACUUUCACCAUAUACCCCUGUUAAGCAAUGACUAUUUUUUAUUAAAAAAAAACUAGCCGUUUUUCAAAUAUUCCAAGCAUCCUCUCCUCUGUAUAAAGAAGCAGCAACAUUGCUUCCAACACAUUUAUUUCUUGCUUCCCACAAAUUAACCGGUUAUCAAGAGCCGGAAAGUAAUGAAGAGGUUAUGGAGUUUGAGUGUACCCGUUUCAAAGCUGAAUACCCCAUUUUUUACAAGGUUGAUGAUAAUGAUAGUAAUGUUGCCCCGACUUAUAAGUUCUUGAAAUCAAGCAAAUAUGGACUUUUUGGAGAUGGGCCUAAGUGGAACUUCACCAAGUUUCUUGUUGAUAGAAAUGGCAACAUUGUUGAUCGUUAUGCACCUACUACUUCACCAAAGAACAUCGAGAAAGAUGUGAAGAAACUGUUGGGCAUCCAAAAAUAAGGGGUAGAUUUAGAGCUUAUUUGUAAGAAGGGUGUAAUGUGUGGGAAGCAUAGAAGAGAUGUGUGAGAAAUAAUGUUCCUGCUUCUUUAUAUAGAAGAGAGGAUGCUUGGAAUAUUGAGCAACGAUGAAAAGCUAGUCGUUGCUUAAUAGGUGUAUAUGGUGAAAGUUUUAGAUAAUGGAGGGGCACAUGGUAAAAAAAUGAAAGUGUCUAACGGUCACUUAACGACAGAGUCACGUCAUGCAAGAAAAUGAAAUCUCAGGGGGUAUAUGGUGAAUGCCUGAAACUACGAGGGUAUUUAGUGAAUGAAGUCAAAUCUCCGGGGUAUUUCAUGAUAAAACCGUAAGAAAAAUUAGGCGGAUUUUGGAGCGGGUAUGGCACGGGGGUAAAACGGGGAUGGAUACCUAGUCGGGAUGGAUUUUAGUUUAUAACCAUUGGGCGGGGAUGGAGAUGAACUUUGUACCCGCCAUAAGUGAUGGAGCGGGGAUGAGGAUGAAGAUUUUAGGUGGGGAUGAGGAUGGAGGGAACUACAUCCGCAUCUGCCCCUCCCCAUUGACAUUCCUAAUGGUACAAAUAAAACUAGAUCUGAUUGAAAUGCAGGCCGGACAUGUUUGGGCCGUCUACACCUUGACAAUUCUACCCAUUAGGUCAGAUCGGGCCAAGCUUCAAGUUGAAUUUUCCUGCUAAAAUCCGCUAUUUCGGGACAGGACAAUUUUAUAACUAAAAUUUCAAUUUUGAGUUGUCCAAAACCUGCCCAAAAAGUUUUAAAUCUGGGCAGGCUAUACCCAAAAGGGGCUUAAAAUUUUUGCAAAGACUAUCUAUUUUUCGGGUCGGGCUCAUGAUAAUCAGAUCUACCUAAAACCAAGGUUAUUAGCUUGAUCUGAACGGAGUAUUUUUAUUCACUCAUGCAUGUACUUUGUGAGCAUGCAUGGGCUGAAUGAUGGUUUUGGUUGUAUCUUAUUGCUAAGUAUAAUGUUAUAACCAACAUAAGUUGCUGGGAAACUCACACAGGGUCGAACCCCAUCAACUGUAAAAUGCUUAGAAGCGGCUCAAACGAAAACCUAUGUAACUACGCUAGCUAAAAUUAUUGCUAAAAAUGGUGGUUUAAUAGGAUUCCUUUUUCUAUUAAGAGAAAGUAUAAUGGUAUAAUUCGUUGUAUAUUCAGGAAGAAGUUAUUUUUUGAAAAAAUGGACGGCUGACUAUAGUCAAGUAUUGUACUCCGUAGGACCUUAAACGUUAACAUCAAUUAAUUAAAAAAUGAUGAAAAAACCAUGUACUAGUUGUAGAUGUAAACUCGUGAAGCAAGUAGUGCUAGUUGUAAACAUCACGAGACAAAUAGUCGUGCAAAUCGGUACAAUUAUGUUGAACCCGUUAUCAUUCUAUCGUGAUUCCAUUUGCCAAGUAAGCAACUUUAUUUUUGGUCAAGUACCAUUUUCAUCAUUUUUAUUUUUAUUGUUAUGGAAGGUCUAUUCUUGGACUUUCACAUGUUAUUCUAUUGAUUUAUGAUCAACUAUUGUAUGGUAGUGCGUACGUAGCAUAUGUCCCCAACUUCGAUCUUAUUGGAAACAUAUGCGAUCUUUACAUCAAUAUUCAAUACUUCAAUUGUCCGUGUAUCUUUGAAAAAUAUUACGGAGUACUAUGUAGUAUGAAAUAUACUUAAUUUGUUAAGAAUUUAGAAAUGUCGGUUAUUCUAGAUCUUCUAAGUCAUUUACUCGAUUCUUUUGAGAAUAAUACUCCUAUAAAAAGAUACCACUCUUGAAUUUCGAGAGAGUUGAUCAGUUUCAAAUUUAUAAUGGGAUAGAUCACUUGAUUAGUUACUAAGAUUUUACUAUAAGGGUAUUUUCUCAUUUCACGGGAUAAC